AUGAACAUUCCCUCUCUCGAGCUCCCUCUGAGCUCGUUUGCCGCCCUCGAAGCCCCAGAGCGAAGCGUCACUCCCAAGGCGCAUUAUUCCCCGCCAUGGGCCAACACUUCCAUCAUCGGCAUCGCCGGUAGCUCAGGCUCAGGCAAGACUUCCCUCUCACUCGCUAUCAUCAAGGAACUCAGCCUGCCAUGGGUCGUCAUCUUAUCAAUGGACAGCUUUUACAAGCCUCUUACUCCCGAGCAGUCAGCAGCCGCCUUCAGAAAUGAGUACGACUUUGACGCUCCCGAGGCCAUUGAUUUUGAUACGCUGGUCGAAAGACUGCGAGAUAUCAAGACUGGCAAAAAGGCACAGAUCCCCAUCUACUCCUUUGAAAAGCAUGCUCGAUUGGAUAAGACCAACACCAUCUACUCGCCUCACGUCGUAGUCUUGGAAGGCAUCUUUGCACUGCAUGAUGAGCGAGUCCUCGACAUGCUGGAUCUCAAGAUCUUCACCGAGGCUGAUGGCGAUUUGUGCUUAUCGAGACGUCUCCUUCGUGAUGUUCGCGAAAGAGGCCGAGAUAUCGAAGGCUGUAUCAAGCAAUGGUUCUCUUUUGUCAAGCCCAACUUCCACAAGUACGUGGAACCCCAGCGGAAUGUUGCAGACAUCAUCGUGCCGAGAGGCAUCGAGAACAAGGUUGCCAUCAGCAUGGUCUCCGACCGCAUCCACAAAACACUCGACCACAAGUCCAAGAUGCAUCAAAUCGAACUUCGCCGCCUUGGCCAGGUCGCUGAGGACGCACCUUUAUCAGACCAUGUCGCGGUCCUUCAACAUACCAACCAACUCCGCGGUAUCAAUACCAUCUUGAUGGAUCCUACACUCCCUCGAGAAGACUUCAUCUUCUACUUCGAUCGACUCGCCGUCAUGCUGGUCGAGCAAGCAUUCUCCGCCGGCCUGUGCUAUAAGCAGCACACUGUUGAGACCCCCGUCCGUGGAUACACCUACGACGGCCUCAAGCUGGACGGCGAGGUAUCGGCGGUCGUGGUGCUGCGAGGCGGCUCAUGUCUGGAGACUGGCCUCAAGCGUGUCAUCCCUGACUGCCGCAUUGGUCGCCUCCUCAUCCAGACCAACUUCCGCACGGGCGAGCCUGAACUUCACUAUACAAAGCUGGCCGAGGACGUCUCCAAACACAAACGGGUGCUGUUGAUGGACCCUCAGAUGAGCAGCGGAGGCGCGGCGUUGAUGGCGGUGAGGGUGUUGUUGGAUCACGGAGUUGAAGAGCACAGGAUCAUCUUCGUGACGUAUCUGGCUGGGAAGAACGGGCUGAAUAGGUUGAUGAGCGUCUUCCCUGAGAUCAAAGUCGUGGUGUGUAGGGUGGUAGGAGACAUGGAGUCGAGAUGGGUGGAGCAGAGAUAUCUAGGCUGUUGA